GGGAGGUUGGAGCGCUGAGGGCAGCGAGGGACGGAAGGGCGCUCCCGCCGCGUCCUUUCCUCCUUCGCCCGCGUCCUGCGGGGUUUGGGCUCCCCAGGGUCCUCCCUUCGCUCCUCAGCCCUGCGGGUCGGUGCUGUGGCUGCAUUUUUGGGGUGUAGCACCUCAGAACGAGCUCCACGGCUCUGUGGCCGUGCUUAUGGGCUGCCCAGCGUUCAUCCUGCUUGUCUGUCUGCGGGUGGAAAACUAGCAAGGCAAAAGCUUGAGUGUUAAUGGUAUUGUGUUAAUAGAGUGUUAAUAGAGCCUUUUGUUGUUGAGACAGUAAAAGGAGUGAGUGCCUUUAUAUAACGUAGCUAUAAGCAGGAAAACAGAGGACGUAGUUACAGACGUAUCCAAAGUGCAAAAGUCAAAGACAGCUAUUCAUCUCGAGAUGGAAGAGUCAGUGUUGGAUAAAUUGCCAUCUUUGUGCAGUACGCCAGAGGAUUCUGGGGCACCACCUGCACAGGGGACUAGUUCAGGGAAACAGCAAAUGAGUGCAGCUCUGAGGGAACGAUUAAGGAAAACAAGACGUUCAUUUAAUGCCAAUUUUACAGUGGCAAAGCGGCUCAAAAUAGACACUGAAGAGAAAGACACUGCUGGUGCUGCCACGGGGUGCUUGCCUGAGACAAGUACAGACUGUUCCAGAUUACAAGAUAGUUCUGAAAACCUGGAAGGAAAUGGCACUGAACACACAUGUUUCAAAAGACCCUCACAGGAGAGUGAUCCCUGUGGAUCAGCAGAGAAUUCAGAUGUGCUACAGGUUGAUCUUGGUCAGCAGCAGUCCCUUGAAGAGAAAGUAAAGCUGGAGAAACAAGUGCAAGAGAAGGAAGAGCUACUUCGUAGGCUCAAACUGGUGAAGAUGUAUCGAUCCAAGAACAACCUUUCUGAGCUGCAGGCUUUGAUAGUGAAGUGGAGAAGUAGCACCCAGCUGAUGCUGUAUGAGCUGCAGUCAGCCUUUUCUGCAGAUGGCAAGAAAGUGAGUCUCACUCAGCUCAUCGACACUUUUGGGUUAGAAGACCAGUUACUGCACUACAGCAGAACAGAAGAAGAUUUUGUAGAUGCAUAAUCUACAGCUGCAGAGCUUUCUUUGCACAGACACAAAAGCAGAAAAGACUUAAUAAAUUCUGAUUGUGUCAGAAGUGUUGGUCAGAUGAUGGACUUUAUGCUUUGGAGUUAGGAGGUUUUCUCCAGAGGUACUUGUAAAGCUGUGUGCAUACAUACAGUAGGCACUGUAAAAGGCAUUACUUAAUGGAAAAAAAUCAAACUGGUGAUAUCCUGGAGAAUCUGGCUUAAUGACUUGGUCAGUGAAUUUUUAUUUAAUAAAAAUAAAAUUAAGUCAUAGCUUAACAGGUAGAAAGCAGUCAAUUUUUUUAUUAGUCUCUGCAUGGUUACUUGUAUUGAAAUAACUCAGAGUGUCAAUUCUGUUCAUGUUCGGAUGGGGAAGAGUUUAGUUUGUUUGUAGAUACACCCAUUUUACACGUCUUCCUGGUGCCAGUCAGCCAAUGAAGGCUAAUGACAGCAUUUUGUGAGUUAAGUGAAGAUAACUAAUUUUCAUGAUGGUAAUAUUCCAGAGCUGAGAUGUUUUCAUUAGCUUUAACUCCUACUGAGGGAAAUGUGUCAUGAUGCAGUUGCUUUCAGGUUCUGGUCCAGACAGUCUCUUCAGAGCUGCUGUCUCAUAAGCAUUCUGCCACAGCCUGAGGUAAUAGAAGGGAAGGCAAGAACAUUGAAACCAGCUUUCUAUUCUACUGCAUCUGAGAGCCAAGGUGUUUCCUCUCUUCAAAUAAAUAAGAAAAACAAGGCCUUGUUUAAUGGGAUUGCUUCAAACACUGCAUUAUAAAGCUGAAUAAAUCUUUACAAUUUCACCUAUUCUCCAACAAAUGCCUUUUUUGAAAGUUGUUUUUAUUUAACUUGAAAUUGCUUAUUUUCUCAUCAUGGUACCUUUUGUUUUUUAUUUUCCCUAAAAUCACUGCUGCUCAAGUGUAACAAUACAUAAAUCUUAAUGACUAUACAACUCUCCCUGCUAGGAAUCUUGUUUUCUUACUGCUUAUACCCUACCUCUUUUGUUUGCAGGUGCUAUAUCCUGUUUCCUUAAUAAGGGAGUAAUUUCUUAGCUCAAGAGAAAGAAAAUCCAAGAUCAUACAGAAGCUUUUAACCAUUGCUAAGGCUCAUUAGACUUCAGCCUGUACCUACAACUUGCUCACAAGAACACUGACUCUUGCUGUCCAGAGAGAAUUACAGCAGAACAGCCUUUAUUGGAAAUCCCAUUUUGAGUAUUAAAGCACUAUUUCUCUGCCUUCUUAGGCACGUGCAGAAAGAUGAUGGUGCCUGGUGCAGGGGCCAGUUAUCUUCUCCGAGGUUGGAACAAUGCUGCUUCUGGGGCAGUUUCAACAGAAAGACAAAAGGUCUUGUAGUAAGUGAGAUGUAAUUAGAAUCCUUACAAACCCCAAUUAGAGGUGGCAACGCAAAAAACCAGAUGUACAGGAUCACAACUGACAUAGGAGAAUUUUAAGCUAAGGUAUCAAAGCUACAAUGAAAUGUGGCUUGCUGAAAGGAGAAGGAUUGACACACACCAUGGAGCAGGGAAAUAAAAAGCAGGGAAAAUGCCCGAGAAGGCAGAUCGGGCUCCAGCAGUAGUUAAUUUUAUCACAGGUUCUUUAUUUUUCUGCUGUGGAAGGAGCUGGCAGGAAAAGACACUGCAUCUCAGUGUAAAGAGGUGGGAGAUGCCAGCAACUAUUUCAGGAGGCCAGAUGUUUCCAAACCUGGUUUUCCUGUGAUUCUGCCCAUGGCAGCAGCCACAGUUCCUGCUGGCUGUGGUGAUUAUACCACAGCAAGGCACAGCUGCCUUUGGGAUGGGGCCAG